AUAUAUAUAUAGAAUAAACACUUGUACAUAGAUCAACUGGUAUUGAUAGAAGACCAUGUCAGGAAUAAAGUUUUCAUUGGGCAAAAAGAAGAAGCUAACUAAAAAACCCAACUUGUUUAAUCAAGAAACCCCCAAGGAAGACAAUGAUAAAGACAAAGUCGAAAUCGAAACAUACGACAAUAAACCUGCACCACCCAAGAAACUAAUAAUCAAACCGGAUGUCAUAUCCCAUAAAAUCACCUCCGAACCGUUGAACUUUGGUUUAACCACGUUCAAUAGGUCGGAAUCAACCGUCACUUCAAGUAAGCUAGGGCAAGUGGAAGCAGAGUCCGACUCUGAUGAAGAAUAUCGAAAAGUCCCAAUAGAGCAAUUUGGAAUUGGGUUCUUGCGAGGAUUAGGAUAUGAAGCAGAGGAAGAAGAGGAACAAGUCGAGGACAAGUCAGUGGAACAUCGUCAGAGAGGUGUUACUCUUGGAAUUGGAGCUGAUCCUAUAGCACAAGAUUUAGCAAAGGACAUUAUGAAAGGGACUCCAGAGUUGCCCUUGAUUAAGAAAAGAAAGAUUGAUAAGUGACCUUAAUCUAAAAUGACAAGUUUGUCUAUAGUUGCAGAAGAUGUGCAUUUUGCAUAUGUAUAUUUUAAGACUUAAACAAAAGGACCACUGGACUUGCUCUUGUGUCCCCUUGCACUUGCUGCCUUGCAAGAUGAGCUUAAGCGAGGCUCAUGUCAUGCAAACUGGGUUAGAAGACUUUGGUUGAACGUUGAAUUUACCAGGCAAGUAUAACAUAAAUAGUUCAUUACUUUAUACACGAAUAAAUAAAUAAAUAAAUAGGGUCUAUACAAUAACACCCAAUCCCAAUAACAACAACUGACUAGCAAUACUAUGGGACCACAUCGACGAUUUCUCCAGGAUAAUCCUCUGUUCAUCUAACUUCACCAACUUGUUUAACUCUUCGUAAAUAUCCCCGAUAAUAAAAUCAAAGAUCUUGGUCAGCGAGAUAUUAUUGGUGUUGUACAAUCCAGUAAUCUUUUCAAUGACUUGAGUGUUUACUGAAAUCGGCUGGGGAUUCGUGUUGAUGUAAUUGAUAAGUGAUCGCAAAUCAGUCAAUGAUAUGAAUGGGGUGUUUGAAUUUGAUGUGGGGAGAUAUUUGGGGACGGAUGCCUUCAAAUCAGUAAGUUUGACCUUAACGUUGAUUAAAACGUAUGGCGAGGUGGACAAUUGUGUUUGUUCUGGUUUAUUGAAGGUAUGGUAGAUGGCUGAAAUGGCGUCUUUAAGUAAGGAAGAAUCGUCAGGUUCCACGGUGGAAGUUAUACUGAAAUCAUUGAUGAAUCGGGAGAUAAUAGAUGCAAGUUUAGUGUACUCUUCAGUUUCUUGCAAGUUUGGCAAUUUUAUAUCAGCAAUUACUUGUGCUUUCCCAUUGACCAACCAAUUGAACUUCAGCUGGGGGUUAUUCUUCGAAAUCUCCCCUAAGUCAAUGGCAUCAAGUUUAAACCGGACAAUUCGGUCUUCAGUAACUUCAUCGCGUUGUCGUUUGUGAAUGGUGAACAUGGAGUUGUUAAUAGUGCCACUAGCAUUAUUAGCAUUGAAAAAGUCAAUCAAAACUUUAUCUCCACGCAAUUGCGGUAAUUCACAAUUGAAGAUGUUGAUACAUAACGGGACUUCGGAUUCGUCGUAGAUUUCCAAAUAAGAGUCGUGGAUUAAUACAUGCUCCAAUUGGUAGUUUGAGUCGAGGAGGGAUGGUGUGCGUACUUCUUCUUCUUCCAUGAGGUCGUAUUGAUAGUGUAAAUCGUGAUUCUUGUAUGAGAGAUUUAGUGAUUCAUGAGGUGGUGGGGGGUUAGCUUGUUCCUCUUCUGACUUUCUGUAAACUUUCCCAUUUAAGCCAAAGAUUUCCAUAUCGUAAAUCAAUCCAUUUCCUUCAUACCAUUUGUUGAAUGACAAUGUAACGUCUAAAGCUUCCACUUUCGCGUCAAUUGCCAACUUGCUACUCUUGUCAGAAGUCACACUAACAUUGUUGAACCGCAACUUUCCAUCCUUCAAUUCGGGCAAGAUCGACCCUUUUUCAAACUGAAUCUUAAUGCCUAGUCCAAAAGACAAGAUUGAGCCGGCGAUGUACCCGAGAAUGGAGUUAUCUUUGCCACCCUUUUCCUUCUCUUCCCCGUCGUUGAACUUUUCGUAUAAUUCAUCAAAAUAGUGGAUUGAGUACAUCGACAUCAAUGCAAACGUGGUGGUCCC